GCCUCCUCCGGGCCGCGCCCCUCUAUCCGCCACCAUUUUUUGCCGCCGCCGAUAAGAUGGAGGCGCCUCCCGUUACCAUGAUGCCCGUUACGGGCGGCACCAUCAACAUGAUGGAGUACCUGCUGCAAGGAAGCGUUUUGGACCAGAGCCUAGAGAGCCUGCUGCACCGCCUGCGCGGGCUGUGCGACAACAUGGAGCCGGAGACCUUCCUGGACCACGAGAUGGUGUUCCUGCUGAAGGGGCAGCAGGCCAGCCCCUUCGUGCUGCGGGCGCGGCGCUCCAUGGACAAGAGCGGCAUGCCCUGGCACCUGCGAUACCUGGGGCAGCCGGAAAUCGGAGACAAAAACCGGCACGCGCUGGUGCGCAACUGCGUGGACAUCGCGACUUCGGAUAAUCUGACGGACUUCCUGGUGGAGAUGGGCUUCCGCAUGGAUCACGAGUUCGUGGCCAAGGGGCACGUGUUCCGCAAGGGCAUCAUGAAGAUCGUGGUGUACAAGAUCUUCCGCAUCUUGAUGCCCGGCAACACGGAUAGCAUCGAGCCUCUCUCCCUGUCCUACCUUGUCGAGCUUAACGUUGUCGCUCCGGCGGGACAGGACGUGGUUUCUGAUGAUAUGAGGAACUUUGCGGAGCAGCUGAAGCCCUUAGUGCAUCUGGAAAAAAUUGACCCUAAAAGGUUAAUGUGAUGAAAAGCUGGGCAGCUUGAGUAGUGCUGUUGCCGAUAGUCCAGUAGGAACUAACCUUUGUUCAAAUCACCCUAUGUAUCUUUAGAUGUAGCAAGGGUGUGCAGUCAGGAUGUCUGUGUUUGAAAGUGCUGGCAUGAUUAAGUAGAAUCAUAGAAUUAUGGAGUCUUUGAAGAUGGAGCGCCUUGAAAAACACGUGCAGUUAACUGGCUUGACUAGCAUAGCCUUGCUGUAGCCAGAUGAGAGUGAUUGGACUCCAGUGCACGCAGAACUUUUGUUCAUGGGCUCCACUGUGUCCUCUCCCCUGCUGGAGCAGUAAGUGAUAGCAAGGUGCAACACUUAAAAAUAGUGACCUUAUGGUGUUGGGCUGGGAGGGGCUAGGGGCUUUGAUUUAUUGGUUUUGUUUUGUUUGGUAAUUAGCCAGCAUUUAGUAUGUGGUUAUGCACGUAGAUGCACGCUUAAGAGCAGAGUGUGUGUAAUUUUUGAUAAAAGCUUUUGUUGGAAAUGUGAGGACCACUCCCUUGUCUGAGAUUCACCCCGACUAAGGGGAAGAAAAUGAAAUGUUAUGGUAUGCAAUGGUGGCCAGUGUAUAAAUUGUACAGGGAAGAGUGGCCAGAAAUGGGGGCCUUGAAAGGGAAAGAUAAAAUCCUUUCUGAACUAUUUAAAUGUGAGUUUGCAAAGAUUUUAACUCAUGAAUUUUUGUAUAUGCCAGGAUGCAUUUGUUAUAAGAUGAUUAUUAUGCCAUACAGAAAUAUAAGUUGGUGGAAAUUAAUUUGAGGGCUUUAGUGAUAUUAUGUGAAUGUGGGAAGAGCAAAAAUAAAAAAAAUGUUGCUCUGCUUGUGAUAUUGGAAAAAAGAAUGUAUUAAGCGACACGAAUAAGAAGAAAUGCAGUUGCUAAUGGCUGGUUCCACAGAGGAGAUAAAUGAUGAUGGUGCUGGUUGGUGGGAAGGAGCUAAGGGAAAGUUAAGCCGUGAAGUCAGAAAGACUUGUGGUCUUUUCUAUGUCGGGGCUGCUACAAUAGCCAGCAGCCACUGAGGAUCCUGUGAGACAAACAGGGGGCCUGAAGAAUUGCCUGAGUGCAGGUUCCCUUGUCUGCCUCCAGUGUGAUAAAUCAGAAGUCUGUCAGUUACAGAAAUCCCUAAGAGAAGAAAGCAAGAAAAAACAGGUGGCUGAAAUUCCAUCUAAAAUCAUGGUCGCUGUAAUUCCUCCUGUUUCUUUGGUGACAAAAGCAUGGGAGAGCCACAUCUGACAAGCUGGUAAAAGCAGAAUUGAAGUCAGGAGCUAAAACAGUAAGAUGGAAAAAAUAUCCUAUGAAACUGGAGGCCCAUAUUGGGCUACAACAUGUAUGGGCUAUUCCAGGAAUGCCAGUCUGAAUGUAAUAAUCCCAUUCUGCCUGUUAAAGACCAAGAUCUUAAGUUUAUUGAUUAGUUCUAGAUUUGAGAGCUGUCAGUCAAAUACUUACCAAUAUGCAUCCUGGAGUAUCUAACCACUACACUUUGCUGACCCAUAUAGCUGAUUCUAAUGUUGGCAGUUUUAGAUUUGAAAGACCUGAAAGAUAUUCUCCUAGAAAAUCCAGACUGGAAGCUGUUCAUGAAUGGAAGCAGCUCUGUACUUGGCUGAGAAUGAAAAGCUCUGGUAUGCAAUUAUAACCUGGUAAGAAACAGAAUUAAGACCAUUGCCAGCCAGUAUGCAGGCUCGGAAAGUUGAGCUAAUCACUCUGACUCGGACAUGAAAACUGUCAAAUGCAAAGUGAGUUUACAUUUGUCCUGAAAUAUGUCUCUGGAGUAAUACAUACUGUGUAGUGAUUUGGAAAUAAAGAGAAUUACUAUGAUCUCAAGGAAACCCUAUCAAAUAUAGCACAGAAAUUAUGAGAUUGCUUGACACAGCUAGUUAGAAAUCUAAGAGAAGCAGCAGUAAUUGCAAGGCAUGCCAGACUGAACAGACUGAUGUUAUCGAAGGGGACAGAGAGCAGGUGAAGCUGUCAAGAAAAUAGAGUUGUGAGUAAGUGUAGGAACCAUGCUUGCUGAGAAGUUCUUGAAUACUAGGACUCCUAUUCGUAUGAAAAGCAGGGUAAGCUAGCUCCUGCAGGGUAAGCUAGCUCCUGGAAUUAAACAGUUAAGGAACACGUAGGAGUACUAUGUGGGUGGAAGCUGUAGUUAAGAAGCUAUACAGUUAUUGAUUGCUAAAAGUAUGCUCCAGACGUGCAGGACUUGUCUUAAAAAUAAUGCUAAAAUUCAGAGACCCAGGAGAGGUACUUGGACAAUAUUGGCAAUGAAACUGAAAUUGGAAUAUUUUUUUCCUGAAUGAUCUGAGUGUAAUGGAUAUAAAUAAUUAUUGCUAUUAGUUGACACCUUUUCAUGGCAGCCUGAGGCAUUCCUGAGCUGAACCAAGAAAGCAAGAGAAGUAGUUAGCAUUUUAGUAAAGGAAAUAAUUCCAAGAUCUGGAUUUCCAAGAGAACUCUUGUCAGAUAGAGUACCUAAUUGUAGAGCAAAAAUAACUCGAGGAAUAUCUAGGUUCCUGAAAAUGAAAAGGGACUUCACUUUGGGGGUGACUGCAAUGGGCUGCCCAGAGAGGCUGUGGAAUCUUCUUCUCUGGAGAUACUCAGAACCCACCUGGACUCUUUCCUGUGUGAUGUGCUGUAGGGAGCCUGCUUGAGCAGGGGGAUGAUCUCCAGAGGUCCCUUACAAACACUGCAGUUCUGUGAUACUCUCAUUUCUUUAAACCAGGAGACCAAGUGUAUUUUCAAACUUGGCAAGAAACACCUUUGAGAAGUGGAAAGGACAAAUACUGCAGUAACAGGGAUUAACUCUUGGGUUCAUUACACCGGGACAGAGGCAGAUCCAGCAGGAGGAGUGAAGAGCUGAAGUUGAUUGAAGCUGAAAACAAAACAGAAUACUCAGGUGUAAGUGCAGUUCAUGACCUACCCACUUAGGAUUGGAAUUUUCUCAGAGAAUAUUACUCUUGCUGAUUUCACAUCUGAUUUCACUUGUUCUGUAAUCUUUUGCUUGUCUGUGUCACUCUACAGAUAUCAAGGGAACUAGGUGGGAGUGAUGCUCCUCAGUUGCCUUUGGAUGGUGAAGAAAACUGAGGCAAGUGUAUCAGAACCAGGAAACAAAUGGAAUUGGGAUGUGUUCCAUAAAAUAAUCCAAAACACAGUUCUGAUUGCUGGGUUUGUGCUCAUCUUCCAGAUUGCACUGAGCAGGCAGCUUCAUUAGUUGUGGUACCCAUCCCACCUAAUGUAUCUUGGAGAUACUUAUCAGUUGGGAGGUUUUUUACAGUUAAUAAAGAAAACACAUCCAUUACAAAAAGAGUCUCAGGCAGGAAUGAUGGCCCUUUAAAAUAGAGUGGCCUUAAAGAUGUUUGCAUCAAAAGGAGGGAUUUUUACAGUGCUUAACACUAACUGUUGCUUGUAUGUCGACCAAAGUGGUAAAAUUUCUGCAGAUUUGGAAGGAAUUUCAGAAGCAGACAAAAAUAUGGCAUGAGGUUCAGAAAGACAGUACUUUUUUGGAGAAACAAUCCAAUGGCAGUCAAUGGAAUGGCACUUCCAUCGACCCAGCCUGAUGCAUUAGUUUCACAAAAGCAAGGUCAAAUAUCCCACUAUUUAUGUGUUUUUGUUGCUCUCUUUUUUAAUGUUUUAUUAAAAAUUGUAUAUUUAAAAAUAUUUGCUAGUUAUAUACAUUAAUUAUGUAUUUUCUUUGCAAUUCUUUUUCACUCAGUACAACCCAAAAUUUUGGACAAACAUGAAGUAACCUUUAUACAAGUUUUUGGAUGUGUAUCUUUUAUCACAGAAUGUAUUUAUAUACAUAAAAAUAUGCAUAAAAAGUGUAGCUUUGUAGGAGACUCCCUAGCACCCAAACUUGCACAGCUUUGCAGUAGAUCAGUAUCUCGUCUCUGCAUGUGAGGUUGGCCUAAAUAACACUGGGUGACAAAUAUGCCUUUCAGACGACAACCUUGUCAGGAUUCUUGAGGAGGUUGUUGUUCUAAAAUGCCUUUUGAAGGCAAAUCAAAACAUGGGGGAGGGGAAUAAAGGACAACAUACUGGUGUUUUGCUACUUGCAGUUCCUGAGUAUUUUUUUCCUCAUUAAUUUGUGUGUGUGAGUGAAAGUAGACUCUUCUUUGAAAGUAAUCCCAUCCAAAAUCUCACUUAAAAAAAGGCAUUGGUGUUUUUCACCACCUCAUGGGAGAAAUACUCCAUGGGAAGCAUAGUGCCCAACAGUCCAUCAAAUGUUUCUCACGUUCAUCCUCAUCUGUACCCACACCUUUAUGGUGUUUUGUGUUAAAGCUUUCCUGUGCACUACCUUUUUCUUCCAAUACUUCAAGUUAAGUGUGCACUGGCAGCCCGGAAGGCCAACUGUGUUCUGGGCUGCAUUAAAAAAGGGGUGGCCAGCAGACAGAGGGAGGUGAUUGUCCCCCUCUGCUCGGCUCCUGUGAGCCCCAUCUGCAGUACUGCGUCCAGUUGCUGUAAGGGUUCAGAUACCACACCCAUAAAACGCUUCAGGAAGAAACUAUUCAGGUUAACAAAUUAAGUUUUCAACACUGGAACUUGGUCAAGAUAAAACGCAACUGGAUUAGUGCUCGAGUGCACACUCUACCAUAAAAGCAGCGUGGGCAAAACAGUAUUUUAACACUGAUAAAGAACACCAUUAUGCUGAUCUCCCAGAGGUUUUCAAACAGGAUGUGAACAAUAAGAUGACCUGUGUGACUUCACUAAAUAAUUGGACUCAAAGUACUUUGUGGAGCAUACAGCCAUACCUACAGUUCAUCUGCUCAAACUCUCACAUGACUGAUGCUCAUCGGUCAGCACACAACCCUGGGGUUUUGAGUUCCUUGUUGUCACCCAGCACAACUUUCCAGCUGCAGAGCAGUAAUUCCAGGGCUCUGCCCAUGCCAGGAAGCUGAACUUGCUGGGUUGCUUUAUGACUCAGUUACAAUCCCAUCCCUCACGGUGAAAUUCUUCAGAACUGUCAUUAUGCCCUAUUAGUCUAAUUAGGAAUCGCUUGCCAAGAACCAUGUUGGGAUGGAACCAUCAUGGGAGCGUCUGUCCCAUCACACAGCAAUUUAGAAAGAAAGCAAGUAGAUAACAAGUCUUGAGCUUUACAUGCUUUUCAGAAGACAAACUUACUUGUAAGUAAACAUGAAGAUGUGUAAGUAAGCAACAGGUGUGUAGCCACUUCCCAUUGCACCUGAAAGGAACUCAGACAAAAUCUGGAAGGUGAAUCAGCAGGUGGAGGGACAAAUCAAAUAUGAAGACUUGCCGUAUGCGAUUGUUCUACUGAGUUGCAAUGCUUUUAUUGGCUCAGAACAGCAACAGAAUCAGGGAGUCAAGGCUCAAAUAAAGCUUUAAAAACAAGGAGUAUGGCAGGAGAAUCUACUUCCGACUCCAGCAUGCAGUUGCUUCCAAGCAUUUCCAAGUCUUCUCAGCUCCUUUACUUCUCAUCUCUGAAAAUGAAAUAAGGGACUCAAAACAACCUUUAUAAACCACCACAUUAUAUAUAUAUAUAUAUUUUUUUUUUAAGUGGGAAAAGAGUUGUUAAUGUUAUGGUGAUAGGAAAAUCUCACAUGGAAAUUCAGGCAAAGCACCUCAAACAAAAGUAGAAUCAAAAGGUCCAAAUUAAAGAGAAGUUCUUAUGUUUUAGACAACAUAGUUGGACCGUGCAAUAGUUGGACCUAUUUCUUGUCCUCAAAAGUUCAUUUUAAGAGAAUUAGUUUAAACUUAAAAUUGCAGCAAUUCAUCUAGGCUUCCUUAUUCUAACACAUCAGAGGCAGGUGUGCAGAAAAAUAACCUUGCUGCAUCAGUGGUUACAGCUUAAGAAAAAUGUACACCAUCAGGCACACAAUGGUCUGAAGUGCAUCCCUUCCUGUUUAUCUACUGAAACAUAGUUUUCUCCUUGUAUGAAGCUUUUUACUGCUGAAGAGUAAAGACAGCAGCAGUGCCAUGAGUCACGCAUACGGGUAAAUUGUGUGGCAUAAGUAAUUAUUAACACCCAGGGCCAAAUUAUAUUGUAGCUGUUCAGAUGGCUACAAAAAGAGCUCAGCCUCCCCUUACUAGAAAGCGUGCAUUUUUUAAUUACAAAUCAAGAAGGCUUUUUUUUUCUUUUCUUUUUUUUUCUAGAAGGGAAGAGCAGGGUGGCACAGGGAGCGAUUUCUUUUUAGCCAGAUGAAAUAGCUGCACUUGAAGGCAGGGCUUGCAGCAGGACUCGCUGCAUUUGUUGCAUUAUAUUACCCAGGGCCUGAUGCAACUCAGCUUAAGGUAAGUUUUCUUUUUCUGUGCAAAUGAUGCCAUUCUAUUACCUCACGCUCUUCCUCUCAUCUUGCUUGCCUGUAAGGUUCCCACAACUUAAAUGAUUUCUGCAUAAGAAGCAGAAAUCCCCGCAUAACCAACAAAGGAGGGACUGUCACUGACCCAUUAGGAAGCAGUUAUUCCUGCUAUUAAGACAGCCUGCUCUGCACCACCUCUUCUCAGUUCUCAGCAAUUCUUUGUGUUUUAGAAGAAGUACAAAUUGGUUGUAUUUCUGGCAUUUCUCAGCCCUGGAUCUCCAUUCUCCCCACACAUGCUUUCCUGAUGUUAUUUCUGUACAAAUGAACACAGAAGCUUAAAUACAACUUUGGAAGUCCUCUAUAUUAAAACUAUACUGUACAGGAGUAUCGUCUAACAUGCUUCUGAUAUGCUAGUACAGAAUGAGAUUUUUCACACAUCAACAGCUCAUGUGGCAUUCCAGUUUUCACUUCAGCAACCUCAGUAACACAAGCAAGCUGCUUUCUGUUAAAUGUUUUACAUUACUACACUGCAGUACGGCAUACAACUUCAUAUAUAAUCCAAAGGUUGGUUACAGCGUAAAAUAUUGAAGUAAGUUUCCUUUAAAGCACUGAAAGUUAGAAAUAACUACAAACCAGGGGUUUUCUUCAUAAUUUUUAAUACUUUUCACUUUAAAUACUGGUUUUAAAUUUGUGAUUGUAACAUAGAAGAGCCAACUUUUAAUUUUUAAAACUUAUCAUUAGGAUCAUAAAGCUAUUAUAUAACAGUUACACUCUACACACUCAAGGUACUCAAAAAUAUGAUUCAUGUUCUGAGUCUGUAGAUGAACAGUGGCAAUUCAAAUACAGCGUUAUCUGUACAACGUGACAAAAAUACAGGUGGACAAUCUGAUUAGUUUAAAGAGAAUCUGCACAACUUCAGAUAAGCCAGCUCAGCCCAACUAAAUAAAGGUAAUUUCCCCUCAGCCCCUAAAAUGCACCGUACUUCUCACACCUAAGUUGCUCACAGUAAGUUGUUCAGUUUCCCAGACAGGCUAGCACUGACUAUUGCUCAUCCUCGCUCCCAUGAGGAGUUCUGUCAGGCUAUUUCCUUAGACUGCCAUAUCCCCAGCCCUUCACGUGGGCUCAAGUUACAGAGACAGCUAUCCUAGAGCAAAGGGCUUCUGCGAUUCUGCUAAGAAAAUCAUAGCAGUAUUCUACAGAUCCAUUGAGAGGAUGAAAAGAACAGAGUGCUCCUAAUUGUGGCAGUGUCUGGACAAGGGGUUCAGCUCUGGAGAAAUUUUAUAAAACCAUAACAGGAAGAUCCCUUCUGGAAGAAAGGCUCUGGUGCCCACUUGCACACAGGCAGUCCAACAGGCCUAAAGAAAGCUGCUUUUGUUUUUUUUUUUUUGAGGUCUUUUAAUCCUAUGCCGCAAUCUUGCAACUCCUCCCACAAUUUUAGGAAGCCUCUUUCAACACUGAUUGGGCAGGGCUAACUGCAGUGAAGUACCAGUGCCUUUAUCUAAAAGUAAAGUGUAUUCUUUACAAAGAGUAUCUGUAGUGUGAUUUUAUUUACAGAAUAGAUCACAAAAGUACAUCACAUUUAGUGCAAAUGCAACUAAUGAUAAAAGAUUUAUAUACUGCUUUGUAAACUUUCCAUUCCUUUGUAAAAUAAAGCUAUCCAAUUAAAUUAAUAAACAGUUACUCACCUGUGUUUAACAACUACUAUCAGAAAUGGCAAAUAAGGAAUUACACUCUUUUGGACAUUUUUUUUUUCUCUUUUGAAGUUCCCAUCAGCAGCUAUGGUGAAUGAAUCAUUGUUUGUUGAUUGUAAAAAGAUGAAGUACAGUUGAGGUAUAAGAAUUAUUUUUCAACAUUACUAUAUAAAAUGCUCACUGGUGAUUUAGUAAACAUGUAUAAAUUUUUGUCUCGUUUG